UUCCCUCUCAAUCGUUGCCUUCAAAAGGCCAACUCCGCUCUCUUUUUCCAAUGGACUCAAACUCGCUUUUCCUCAUCUACUCUUCAUCAUCUUCAUCUUCUUCUCUGUGAUAUCUGAAUUCAAUUCCGAUGGGGGUUGACAAACCAGGACUCGUCAAACUGAAGUGCGCCGUCAAAAACUACGACUGGGGCAAGGUUGGGGAAAAAUCCUCCGUCUCGCGCCUCUACGCCAACAACAGCCGCGCCGAGGUGGACGCCGAUUCCCCCUACGCCGAGUUCUGGAUGGGGACUCACGACUCAGGCCCCUCCUACGCCGCCGUACCAAACGGCGAUUCGGAGGAGAGGAGAGACAACGGCUUCAAGCGCGAAAAUUCCAACUCAGUGAGUUUGAAGGAUUGGAUUGACAGAAACCCUGCUGUGCUUGGGGAUAGGGUUUUGGAAAAAUGGGGCCCCAAUCUCCCCUUCCUCUUCAAGGUACUUUCUGUGGCGAAGGCGCUUUCAAUACAGGCCCAUCCAGAUAAGGAAUUGGCGGUGAUUCUGCACAAGCAACAGCCUGGGGUUUAUAAAGACGAUAACCACAAGCCGGAGAUGGCGUUGGCGCUCACGGAAUUCGAGGCUUUGUGUGGGUUUAUUGGUCUUGAGGAACUCAAGUCUGUUAUUCAAAGUGUACCCGAGAUCGUUGAAAUAGUCGGGAGUUCACGUGCAGACCAAGUGUUGCAAAUAACCGAAAAUGAUGGGGAAAAGAAACUGAAAGAGGUCUUCAAAUCUCUGUUUACUGACCUCAUCUCAGUUAGCAACUCUGUAAUAUCCGAAAUAAUUCCAAAGUUGAUAAGGCGAUUGAAUUCGAAACGAGAGCUAACAGAGAAGGAGGAGCUGGUUUUGAGGCUCGAGAGGCAAUACCCUGGAGACAUUGGAGUUAUAGCAGCGUUUUUAUUUAACUAUGUGAAACUGAAUCCGGGUGAAGCUUUGUACUUGGGAGCAAACGAACCUCAUGCUUAUAUACACGGUGAAUGUAUCGAGUGCAUGGCAACUUCAGACAACGUUGUACGAGCUGGACUUACUCCGAAGCAUCGGGAUGUACAAACUCUCUGCUCGAUGCUCACAUACAAACAGGGUUUUCCAGAGAUACUUAAUGGAGUUCCUUCGAACCCUUAUACGGUGAAAUAUAUCCCUCCAUUUGAUGAAUUUGAGGUCGAUCGAUGUAAUCUUCCGGAAGAAGCGUCUACCAUUUUUCCUGCAGUUAACGGUCCUUCUGUCUUCGUGGUCACAUCUGGUGAGGGAACAAUGGGUGUGGCUUCUUCUAAGGAGUUGGUUAGGGAAGGUGAUGUGCUGUUCGCGCCUGCAAAUUCCGAGAUCACGGUAGAAACUAUAUCGGGUUUGAAUUUGUACAGAGCUGGAGUGAAUAGCAGGUUCUUGGAGGAUUCGGAUACUUCGAAGACGUACUGAAAGCAGUAAUAAUGGGAGCCUUGCGUAUUGCUGCCUUUCGAUGUAAUAUUAGCACCCCAAAUAUAAAUAAAUAAAUAUAUGCACUAGUCACAUAAGAGGAAUAAGGAUAUGUAUAUACAUACAAGUGUGGCAAAAUGGGGAUACACAGUCAAAUAAAGAAAUAAAGUUUUCGGAGCUCGAUUUUCAUCAAGUAGUUUUUAUACAUUUUAUAAAUG